CAAGGCGUGCGCACCAGCAGAGUCAUCACAAACAAUAGACGCGACUCUACAACUUCUCAUCGCGUAGCCAUCCACUCGUCCUAAACGCUUGGUCGUUGUUGGACAACUGGCACACUGUGCAUGUGAACCACUUGCAAUGACUGUUCUACAAAUUGAAGACCAGCUCGAGGCUCUGCCUGGCUAUAAGCUGCUGCGCAACAUGUGUCAUAAAGGCGAGCUGACCUGCUUCGUUGGGCGUGUUGAGAAUUAUUCACAGCCCAAGAUCACAAGUAAAGGAGACAUGCAAUGUCAUCUAAUGAGAACACAUGCAGGCCUGGACGAACAACACAUCUCGCUGGCACAUGUAUGACGCGAAUGGCCUGCGACCUGUCGGCCCACCUGGAGGUCGUGUCAUGGAAGCAUUGUCGCCUGAAGUCACGGCUUACGUGAAGAAUCUUGCAGAUUGGUUCAAGAUUCAAGAUGGUCGGGAUCCGAAAGAGCUCAUCCCAGCGCCAGUCUUCCAGAGAGUUCCCCCAACCACCAUGCAGCGCAAAGUCAAGACAAUCAGAGACCUUGAGGACAAGCACUUUUAUGACAUUUAUGCGUACAUUGUCAAGACAUUUCCUGCAAGGGAGAAUGCAUUCGAGCUGUUGGUGACGGAUUACACGGAGAACAAAUCCUUACACGACUAUGAGUAUGGCGCUGCUGGCAAAUGGCCAGGUCCAUUCGGAAGAAAGACGUUCAAUGUGACGUUGUGGGACAACUUUGCAGUAUUUGGACGAGAAAAGCUUCAUGACGACAUGUUUGUCCUGCUUCGCAACGUGCAUACAUCCUACUCACAGCGCGGUAUCCUGGAGGGCAACCUGCGCAUCGAUCAAAGUAAUCCUGAUCGCAAAAUCACAAUCUUGCCACCGACAGAACGAAAUCUGAAGAGUAUCAAGCUUCGUAAAGCCAACGACAACGCCAAUAUGCUGCGUCGAAUUGCCAUACUCGAGCGUGAGAAGCUUGCUGCGAUGGUGGCAGCGAGUAUCGCCAAGCUACCAGAGCCUUCCAAACUCAAUCAAAAUGUUUCGACGUCGCAUGAGAAUGUGCCCAUCACACCCGUUGGUGAGAUUCUUUACCCAACAGCCACGCUCGCCAACGAUGUGCAAUAUGCGAAGCCGGGUCUACCCAACGAGCCGCGCAAGUACCGCAGUGUUGGCAAGCUCAUUGACCACUGGCCCGCCGAUCUCCGGGACUUUAGUCAACCAUUCUGCUAUAGCUGUUCUAGUACAUUCCGGCCGGCUGUGCCUGAGGAUGCAGCCUCGCACGACACAUGUACGCUUUGUGAAAGUCAACGAGACCCUGACGACACACCUCACUAUGAACUGUCCUUUGCAACGUUAUUUGAGGGCCAUGAUGGCAAAUGCCUGCCGCUGAUCUGGUCUGGCGAUGAAGUUGAGUCGCUGCUGGAUGACACAAAGAUUGAGGCAUGCAACCUAUACGACCCCAAGAAUGCGCAAGUCUUGAGUGUCCUCAAGGAAAGGCUCUUCCUUCUCUGGGGACCAUUGCAAGAGGCGAUGAUGCCAUUGAAGACAAGGAAGCGUAAGCACAAGGAUGUCUCGGAUGAGGAGUUGCCAAAUUUGGAGGUCUGCAUCAUGGAAUAUUCGGUGACGUCGCAUCUAGGACAAGCCGGCUUGGGAGGUAGGCGAUUUAAGGGCUUCGGUACGCGUGUUGUUCAUGGCAGCAGCACGUCAAGACUUCAAUUGGCUUGUGGGACCGCUUGAUGCUAGUUUUGGAGUGAUGCUGAACGCUGUAGUGGCAAAUCACUGGCGAUCCCUCAUUCUGCAAUUGCCGUACUAUGGCGUGGAUUAUUGAAUCUAGCUCAUGCCGAAGACUGAAUAGCGUAAUUCGACCCUUGCUUGCUGUUUUCCUCGUGCUGGGGCUCAUCAAGCUUCAACGAGUUGUCGUGGUAGCUUUCGACGGACUCUUGUGCAUCCUGACUUUCCUCGCUACCAGUCAUCCUUGCGCUCGGUCCAGCAGAUUUCUCUCCAAGCUGUUUGUUCUUCCUUGUAAGCCUUGACUGACUCUGUUCCAGUUUCUUCACUCGAGAUGCUAGCUAUCCCGAUUACGCUUGAAGAUUGGGCUUCUCUCGUGCUACGACGACGAUGUCACGCUUCUCAAUCUGAGCACCAGAUGCCCUGCUCUGUGCGAGUGCAUCGCAAACUUCCGCUUC